GUCGUUCGCACACUUGUCAAUUUGUGUUUUCACUACGAUUACUCGCGUUUCAUUGAUCCAACGUGGCCAUCUUGGGCGGACUGACGCGCCGCCACGCGGCCGCCUCACGAGGCUUCCACAGCCUAGCCGAGUUCGCGAUGCGCGCGAGUGAGACGGACAUGCGGAAACGCCGGGUGCUGAAUGAACAGAGCGAGCGAGACGGCGCGAGUACUGUCGCAUUUGCGUCCGCGAUCGUACGCGAGCGCCGUACAGCCGGGCUUCAAAUAACAGCUGUUGCUCCGUACUGAUCCAUUGCCGGCUGAAGUCGAAGCGACAAUCUGAGCGAGCAAAUCAGGUUUGACGCGGUGAACGUCAUCAUGAAGCUGACUACCAUAACGUUUCUAUUGGGCUUACCGUUGCUUUUCGCUAACGUGACGACUUUAGAAAGCGCAACUACCAAAGUAUCUGAUAGCAGUAUAAGCGGAAUAACAGUUUCUUUACUGAAUCAUGAGAAUGACGCGUUGACAAAUCGAAUAACAUUAGCGGCAACCAAUCAUUUUACAAUUACCGUGACGGAUGUUCCACAGGAUAUUUGGUUUAUUGUGCUACAAAUUCAUACAUUUCAAUACAAUGUCACGUUGGCUUACGACAAAAGAGCACUCAAUAAAGAGUCAGACAGAAGUUUGUUCGGCUCAAACAUCGGUUUGUAUCUAAAAACGCAUAAUGUAACAGAUCCAAUACAGGUAUUCUUGAUGCACGAUAACACGCACGACAUCGAGGGGUUGCUCGUGAUUGUCCCAUACAGUAGAAAUGCGCCUAUACCAGGUGGAUGUAAUAUGGAGUUCGACAUUGAGAUAGCACCGUAUCAAAAGUUACACGCAGGAAACGAAAUAAUAACGGUCGACACGCAGCCGGGCUCGGUGCUCGCUGCUAAUGGGUCGCUGUUAUCCUGCGAGAAACAAUUGGUGCAGCACAGGAUGUACCGUCUCUACCUAACUAGACAGGACUUUACUCCAGACACGUAUUUCGAGGCGAUCGCGAGCAUGGUGACCCCGCAAGACAUCGUGCGGAACGGCGACAAGAUACCAUCCUCCGCGUAUGGAACGUCCAUGAGACACUUCUACAGUGCAUACACUGGUGUUGGGUCCGUUUAUGCUGCAGUCGCCACUUACGGGAACUAUUCCUCUGCUUAUGUUCCAACCUUUACGUACGCUUGCAGUCCCCUUAGUUCGAAGAGUUGUCAGGUUCUGAAUGACACAUUUCCGAAGGUGAUUUGCUGGCUGGCUCUAAUCAUAGGUUUUGUCUUAGUUUUUGGAGGACAUAAUUGCGUUCCUAUAGAUCGCUGGUUACCGAUUCUUAUAAUUAGCAGUUUCUUCUGGUACACUUUCGCGGUGGUUAUCAGCAACCUAAGCAUUACAAUAAAUCUUCUGAUCGCUUUGAUAAUGGUAAGUUGUACUAUUGUUUUAUCGAUGAUUCUGGGAUACUUCAAGAAAUUUCCGGUAAUAUCAUUCACGUACAACUUACCAAUGGGGCUCUUGUGUGCGUGCGUCACAUACCUCUACGCUCCAGCGGAAUGGUUUUACAUCAUGGAGAACGAUGAGUUGUUCUGGCUCCUGUUCGUGAGCAUAAUGUUAACGGUGUCUGUGCUCCUGUCGAUAAACCGCAGCGUCGCGAACGUGAUCAAGUAUACCGUCUACGAGUCGCUUUUCGUAAUUCUCGCAAUCGACUAUUUUGCCGAAAGCAGUUUGAAAUAUAUUUUCAUUACCACGAUGAGGAGAAUCCUUGUAUCCGGAUUCCGCUCUGCGUUCGUAUAUCCGCCAUAUCAGGGUGCAGAAAAAGCUUUGGUAAUCUUUUGGUUUUUGCUAAUGAUAAUACGAUUUAUUACAAAAUUCUGCCACGGAGGAGAUGAGGCUAAUCCAGAACGAGCACCUUUGUUGCCUUUUACUUUGCGUAAAAUGCCUACUCAACCUUCCAUAAUCGUAGUUAAACGUCUGAAUGUUUUUACUAAACUUAGAUAUAAUAGAUCUUGAGAAUAAUCAGUCAAUUUGCGGUGAUACUGAUCGUCUUCGAAAAUUUCAGCUUCUUAAAAAUAUUUUUAAAUUUGUUUUCCAACCGCAUAUCUCAGUCAAUGACAUUUCUUAUGUAAGCAUAAUAUGUAUAAGCAUAAAUAGAUAUAAGUAUACAAACCUGUGCAUCAAAUAUAUAACUGUAUCGUAUACCAAA